AUGGUGGUACUUGGAGUGGUAGCACAUCGCCUGCCGAUCGCAUCGCCCCCAAAGCGCUGGAUAAGCGCGCAGGUCACUGCUGCCUGAGUUGAUUCCCCAGCUUCUUGAUGCUUGAAUGAACAGCGCUCCCUUAUUGACGCCCCCGCUGUCGAACCAAGUCAAGGCAAAGCAUCCGUCUCGGCGUUUGUCCUCGCUGACGCGAUGCCGUUAUCGCCGGUUUUCUGGACAUUCAUCGGCCUCUCUCUGACCAGGGCCACUACGAAUGGAGAAGACCGGCCACUGCAGAGGAGCGGGUCGGACGCUCAUCGACACAUUGCAAGAAUCCACAAGUUCGGUCUGGGGCGCAAGGGCCCUCACCAGUGGUCGUCCCGGAGACCGUCACCUCGCAUCAGCAGCUCAGCAAGCGAGGCCGAUCACACGAUGGUCCUUCACUUGCUGCCCGGUCUAGCGCCCGACCACCUCCUCCCUCCCCUCCCCAUGUCUCUGCACGAGACAAACCACUCCGCCCACACCGCCACAAACGAUCGGCGACGGCUCAGGAGGCCGCUGACGCUCCCCUGCCCUGCAGCAGGCCUGAGAUUGAAGAGGAGCUCCCCAGCCUUCCAGGGAAACCUGAGGAAAAGAAAAAGGAAGGCGACAAGAAGGCUGAAGGGCCAGCUGAGGAGAAGAAGUCGCCCGAGGAGGCGGGCAAGACGAAGAUCCAGCCUGACAGCGACUCCAACGGCAACGAGAGGCUGUGUGGCGUGUACGAGCUGGGUUGUGUGGCUGAGGCGGGCGACACGGGGACGCUGGUGGAGUCGCGCAAGACGACCGAGUGGUACCACAAGAACGGCGUCAUGCGUGAGUGGGACAGGUACUACUCCAACGACGAGGGCAGAAAAUGCAACGUCAAGGACAUCGAUGCAGGUACACGCCCAACAGACAGACAGGCAACACACGGGAGACACGGAAAGAGUAAGGACGAUGUUCGUUCGUUCGUGGUGGUUCCCUGAUUCCUCUCUCUGCCAGAUUUGGUCAUGUGGGCCAGCUACAAUGUGUUGGCUGAGACGACGGCGGAAAAUCAGGGGAGUGAGUUCAAAGUCAGAUACGUGUGGCGCUCUAUCGAGGUAACAAGACAAGAGCGAAACACAUAAUUGUGCCGGCCAUUCAUCCUCGUCGGUGUCUCCAUCAGCUGACGCCCUACCAGGACGAUCGUGUCACACAUCUGCAGGAGAAGUGCGCCUGUCCUGACCAGCUCAAGCCAUGGGCCAACGGCAAGACACAGCAGAUCGUACGCAGUCCUGCAUCCACACAAGAGACAUUCAAUCUUUCUCUUCUGUGUGAGUAUGUGCGUGGGCAGGCCCGCUGUGACCCUGCUGGUUGCGAGAUGCUCAAGCGACUGUGUGUGGAGCAGUACAACGGCAAGUGCAGCCUCACCGUCACGCUCAGGGUCUUCAGCAAGGACAGCAAGAAAGUCAUGGAAAGGCUCAACCAGGUAGAGAAAGACUUAACAAAGACGCCUUGCCUAAACAACAAUGUCUCUCUUUCUGUGCUGACAGUUCGGUGAUAUUCCUAAGAACGAGUCAAGUCUGCCGGCCAAGCUGCUGAUGGAGCAGAAGAAGAACUGCGAAGAACUGGACGGAAGGCUGUGUCCUGGAGGCGGCGCGAUCGGCAAACAUGGUGGUGGUGCGCAUGCAGGUGUGUUGGUGGCUUUGUUAGUCAUGUUGUGCCACUGGGUCAUUUCAGCUGUAGAGUGAG